AUGGAGAUUUUUGGUGAGGCCGCGCCGUACCUGCGCAAAUCCGAGAAGGAGAGAAUAGAAGCCCAGAACCAGCCUUUUGAUGCCAAAACCUACUGCUUUGUGGCUGACCCCGAGGUGGAGUAUACCAGAGGGAGGAUUAAGGCUGCACAGGAUGGGAAGAUAACUGUGGAGACAGAGGAUGGCAGAACAGUUGCUGUCAAACCUGAUGACGUGUAUGCCAUGAACCCCCCUAAGUUUGACAGAGUUGAGGAUGUGGCCAUGCUGACCCACCUGCACGAACCUGCCGUCCUCUACAACCUCAAGGACCGCUACAGCUCCUGGAUGAUCUAUACCUACUCGGGUCUCUUCUGCGUCACUGUCAACCCCUACAAGUGGCUGCCGGUGUACAACCCCGAGGUGGUGUUGGCCUACCGAGGCAAGAAGCGCCAGGAGGCCCCUCCACACAUCUUCUCCAUCUCUGACAACGCCUAUCAGUUCAUGCUGACUGAUCGUGAAAACCAAUCUAUCCUGAUCACUGGAGAAUCGGGCGCUGGGAAGACGGUGAACACCAAGCGCGUCAUCCAGUACUACGCGACAAUCGCCGCCAGCGGGGACACGGCCACCAAGAAGGAGCCCCAGCUGAAGGGUACGCUCAAGGAUCAAAUCCUCAGCGCCAACCCACUGCUGGAGGCCUUUGGGAAUGCCAAGACCGUGAGAAAUGACAACUCCUCACGCUUUGGUAAAUUCAUUCGUAUCCAUUUUGGAACCUCUGGAAAGCUGGCCUCUGGUGACAUUGAGACCUACUUGCUGGAAAAGUCAAGAGUCACUUUCCAGCUGAAAGCUGAGAGAAGCUACCAUAUCUUCUACCAGAUCCUCUCCAAUAAGAAGCCUGAACUGCUUGAGAUGCUCCUUGUCACAGCCAACCCCUAUGACUACCCCUUCAUCAGCCAAGGGCAGAUCUCUGUGGCCAGCAUCGAUGACCAGGAGGAGCUUGUUGCUACAGAUGCAGCCAUUGACACUUUGGGCUUCAGCCCUGAUGAGAGAGUGGGGAUUUACAAGCUGACGGGGGCGAUCCUGCACUAUGGGAACAUGAAAUUCAAGCAGAAGCCACGUGAGGAGCAGGCAGAGCCUGAUGGCACAGAAGAGGCUGACAAAGCAGCAUAUCUGAUGGGUCUGAACUCAGCAGACUUGCUGAAAGCUCUGAGCUAUCCCCGGGUGAAAGUGGGCAAUGAAUAUGUCCUGAAGGGCCAAACAGUGGACCAGGUGCACCAGGCAGUGAAUGCCCUUGCCAAGUCUGUCUAUGAGAAACUCUUCCUGUGGAUGGUGAUGCGCAUCAACCAGCAGCUGGACACCAAGCUGCCAAGACAGCACUUCAUUGGGGUCUUGGACAUUGCUGGCUUUGAGAUCUUUGAGUUCAACAGCUUUGAGCAGCUGUGCAUCAACUUCACCAAUGAGAAACUGCAGCAGUUCUUCAACCACCACAUGUUCGUGCUGGAGCAGGAGGAGUACAAGAAGGAGGGAAUUGAAUGGGAGUUCAUUGACUUUGGCAUGGACCUGGCUGCCUGCAUUGAGCUCAUAGAAAAGCCCAUGGGCAUUUUCUCCAUCCUGGAAGAGGAGUGCAUGUUCCCCAAGGCAACUGACACCUCUUUCAAGAACAAGCUCUAUGACCAGCACCUGGGCAAGUGCAGCAGCUUCCAGAAACCCAAGCCUGGCAAAGGCAAGGUUGAGGCCCACUUCUCCCUGGUGCACUAUGCUGGCACAGUGGACUACAACAUCACUGGGUGGCUGGAGAAGAACAAGGACCCUCUGAAUGAAACUGUCAUUGGGCUGUACCAGAAAUCAUCUGUGAAGACCCUUUCCCAGCCCAUGGGCAUCUUCUCCAUCCUGGAAGAGGAGUGCAUGUUCCCCAAGGCAACUGACACCUCUUUCAAGAACAAGCUCUAUGACCAGCACCUGGGCAAGUCCAACAACUUCCAGAAGCCCAAGCCUGCCAAAGGCAAGGCUGAGGCCCACUUCUCCCUGGUGCACUAUGCUGGCACAGUGGACUACAACAUCACUGGGUGGCUGGAGAAGAACAAGGACCCUCUGAAUGAAACUGUUGUGGGGCUCUACCAGAAGUCAUCUAUGAAAAUUUUAUGCCAUCUUUAUGCCACUUUUGCUUCCAUAGAUGAAGCUGAAGGUGGUGGGAAGAAGAAAGGAGCCAAGAAGAAGGGCUCUUCCUUCCAAACUGUCUCUGUACUCUUUCGGGAAAAUCUGAAUAAGCUGAUGUCUAACUUACGAACAACUCAUCCUCACUUUGUGCGUUGCAUCAUUCCCAAUGAAACGAAGACCCCAGGCCUGAUGGAUCACAAGCUCGUUCUGCACCAGCUGCGAUGUAAUGGAGUUCUGGAGGGCAUUCGGAUCUGCAGGAAAGGAUUUCCUAACAAGAUACCAUAUGGGGAUUUCAAACAAAGAUACCACCUUCUGAAUGCCAGUGUCAUCCCAGAAGGAAAGUUUAUUGAUAGCAGGAAGGCGUGUGAAAAGCUGCUGUCUUCCAUUGAGAUAGAUCAUACUCAGUACAAAUUCGGACACACUAAGGUGUUCUUCAAGGCAGGUUUGCUGGGUGUCCUGGAAGAGAUGAGAGAUGAACGUUUAGGACAGAUGAUCACACGGACCCAGGCGUUGUGCAGGGGAUACCUCCGGAGACUUGAGUUGAAAAAAAUGUUUGACCACAGGGAGUCCAUCCUCUGCAUCCAGUACAACAUCCGUGCAUUCAUGAAAGUCAAGCAGUGGCCCUGGAUGAAGCUGUACUUCAAGUUUAAACCCCUCUUAAAAAGUGUGGGAACUGAGAAAGAGCUGGCCAUGAUGAAGGAAGAGUUUGAGAGAACAAAAGAAGAACUGGCUAAAUCAGAAGCCACCAGGAACAAACUGGAAGAAAAAAUGGUGGCUCUGGUGCAAGAGAAAAAAGACCUACAGCUGCAAGUACAAACUGAAAACGAAAAUUUGGCUGAUGCUGAAGAAAAAUGUGACCAGCUGAUCAAACUGAAAUUCCAGCUGGAAGCAAGAAUAAAGGAGGUAAUGGAAAAGCUGGAAGAUGAUGAGGAGAUGAAUGCUGAUCUGGCAGCCAGAAAGAGGAAACUGGAGGAUGAAUGCUCUGAGCUGAAGAAAGAUAUGGAUGACCUUGAGUUAACAUUGGUCAAGGCUGAAAAGGAAAAGCAUGCCACUGAAAACAAGGUCAAAAAUUUGGCUGAAGUAGUGACAGGUUUGGAUGAGACUGUUGCAAAGUUAGUGAAGGAGAAGAAGGCCCUGCAAGAAGCCCAGCAACAGGCACUGGAUGACCUGCAAAUAGAGGAGGAGAAAGUUAAUACUCUCACCAAAGCUAGGACCAAGCUGGAGCAGCAAGUGAACCACGCUGAAGGAUCUUUGGAACUUGAAAGAAAAGCAUGUGUGGACCUUGAACGAGCAAAGAGAAAACUUGAGGGAGACUUGAAACUUGCACAGGAAACCAUAGUAGAUCUGGAGAAUGAUAAACAACAUUUAGAUGAAAAAUUAAGGAAGAAAGACUUUGAUUUUAACCAGAUGCAAAAUAAAAUUGCAGAACAGCGAAAUUCAGGUACUCAUUUGCAGAAGAAGAUCAGAGAACUGCAGGUUCUCUCUACCUUCCCAGGAAAAAUCCUUGGAGAACUUGUACCUGAUGCUCUCUGUGAAGAGAGCAGCAGCCACACACACCUACACAAAUUCCACUUUCUGAUUCUCUUUCAGGCUGUUCUGGAAAAAAGGUACCGCACACUGGAGGAUGAGAUGAGUGAGAUGAAAGUCAGACUUGAGGAGCACCAGAGGAAUGUGAAUGAGGUGGUGAUGCAAAAAGCCCAGCUCCAGACAGAGUCUGGUGAACUAAGCCGUCAACUCAAAGAGAAGGAAACUGUGAGGUUGCAGCUGUCCAGAAGCAAGCAGGCACUUACACAGCAAAUAGAAGAGCUCAAGAGGCAGCUGGAGGAAGAGAUCAAGGCCAAGAACGCCCUGGCCCAUGCCCUGCAGUCUGCUCGCCACGACUGUGACUUGCUCCGGGAACAAUAUGAGGAGGAGCAGGAGGCCAAGGCAGAGCUGCAGCGAGCCCUGUCCAAGGCCAACAGCGAAGUGGCCCAGUGGAGAACCAAAUACGAGACGGACGCGAUUCAGCGCACGGAGGAGCUCGAGGAGGCCAAGAAAAAGCUCUCUCAGCGUCUCCAGGAAGCAGGGCAGCAGGCAGACACGCUGAAUGCCAAGUGUGCCUCCUUGGAGAAGAUGAAGUUUAAGCUGCAGGGGGAAGUGGAGGAUCUGAGACUGGACAUAGAGAGAGCAAACACAUCAGCAGCUGCCCUUGACAGGAAACAGCAGAAUUUUGAUAAGGUCAUGGCAGAAUGGAAGGGGAAGUAUGAGGAGAGCCAGCUGGAGCGGGAAGCUCUCUCUAAAGAAGCAGGCUCGCUGAACACAGAGCUUUUCAAAGUGAAAAAUGCCUAUGAGGAAACCUUAGACCAGCUCGAAACAAUCAAGCGGGAGAACUCCGCUCUGCAGCAGGAAGCAGCUGAUCUCACAGAGCAAAUUACUGCAAAUGGCAAAAUGAUCAGAGACCUUGAGAAAGCCAAAAAGCAAGCUGAAGUAGAAAAAAAUGGUCUGCAAACAGCUCUGGAGGAGGCAGAGGCAGCUCUUGAGCACGAAGAAGUCAAAAUCCUUGGUGUCAACCAAGAACUGACUCAGAUAAAGUCAGAAAUCAGCAGAAAGAUUGCUGACAAGGAUGAGGAGAUCAACCAGCUAAAAAAGAACCACGAAAGGAUUGUGGAGACAAUGCAGGGUGUUUUGGAUGCUGAGAUCAGGAGCAGGAAUGAAGCCCUGAGGCUGAAGAAGAAGAUGGAGGGAGACCUGAAUGAAAUGGAGAUCCAGCUGAGCCAUGCCAACCGCCAGGCUGCAGAGGCACAGAAGAACCUGCACAGCAUCCAGGGAGCUCUCAAGGACACCCAGAUCCAUCUGGAUGAUGCUCUGAGGACACAGGAUGACCUGAAGGAGCAGGUGGCCAUGGUGGAGCGCAGAGCAAACCUGCUGCAGGCUGAAGUUGAGGAGCUCCGGGCAGCCCUGGAGCAGACGGAGCGUUCGAGGAAAGUGGCUGAGCAGGAGCUCCUGGAUGCCACUGAACGUGCACAGCUCCUCCACACCCAGAACUCCAGCCUUUUUAAUACAAAGAAGAAGCUUGAAACUGAUAUGGCACAACUCCAAACAGAGAUAGAGGAUGUUACUAAUGAAGGAAAAAGUGCUGAAGAAAGAGCUAAGAAGGCAAUGACAGAUGCAGCCAGGAUGGCAGAGGAGCUGAAGAAGGAGCAGGACACCAGUGCCCACCUGGAGAGGAUGAAGAACAACCUGGACCAGACAGUGAAGGACCUGCAGCUUCGUCUGGAUGAGGCUGAGCAGGUGACACUGAAGGGAGGGAAGAAAGAGAUCCAGAAGCUGGAGGCCAAGAUCCGAGAAUUAGAAGCUGAACUGCAGGAAGAACAUAAAAAAUCCUCAGAGGCUAUAAAAAACAUCUGCAAAUAUGAACGGCGUUUCAAAGAGCUCACUUUUCAGUGUGAAGAACAAAAGAAGAACAUGGUUAAGUUACAAGAUCUGAUAGAUCAACUGCAGGUGAAAAUCAAAUCCUACAGAAAACAAGCUGAAGAAGCUGGUGAACAAGCCAAUGCUGAUCUCUCCAAACUGAGAAAUGCACUGCAUAAGAUGGGUGAGGCCCUGGAAAGGGCAGAUAUUGCUGAGAGCCAAGCAAAUAAACUCAGAGCUAAGGCCAGAGAAGGCUCUGCUACAAAGGUGGUGUUAGGAACUGAAAAAUGAGCUUCCUCUGGGAUAACUGGAACUUCCACAAAGUACCUCUCCAGCUGUGGAAGUAAUUUUCCCUUUGUUUAUGAACAAAAACAUUUUCUGUUGCUGCUGCUGUGCCAGUGUCAAUAAAAUACAUAUCUGCAAGCUCAAAUGCUCCAAA